AUGGAUUGGGAAAUGUUGGUCAAACAGUAUCGUGCAGAAGCGGAACGAUACAAACAAGAAGCGAACGAAGCAAAAAACGAAUUGAAAGACUUUGUAACAUUUAGUCAGCAGAUUGAAGCUGAGCUGGAUAAAGAGCUGAAUGAAGCCAACUUAUCGUUAAGUAAACGUGAAAAGGAAAUUGCUGUUUUGGUACAAGAGCGAGAUCGAUAUAAGGAGGAAGCUCAACGGUUCCGUGCUGAACAAUACAGCAAAGAUACGAAACUUACCGAUGAAUUGCAGGAACUGAGAGUUGAAAAAGAAAAUUUGAUGAGUGCUGUCCAUAAACUUGAGCAGAAAAAUGACGAUUUGGAGAGAGAAUUAAGGAUAACAUGCGAGACUCUCAAGGACACUGAAAAAAAAUUAAAUGAAGAACUGGAAAUGCGAGCAUUACUCACCACAGAACUCGACAGCAAGGAAGACCUAAAGGUUCGUUGCCAAAGAUUAGAAGAUGAAGUUCGGGAUUUAAAAUUAGAUGGCAUGGUAAAGGAUACAAAAUUGUCGAACUGUUCAGUUUCUAAUCAGUCUAAUGGGUUGCCUGUUAUUCAGGAGAAAUGCAGUUCUGGGGAUUUAAUUCAAAUGAAAAAUGGACGACAGAAUAAUGGAACAUCACAGCGAGCAAGGUCAGUAACAAAUGGUCUCGCUUCCCAUGAAGAUUAUGAUGUUUGUCCUCAUGAUGUGAACAGAAAAAGAUUAUUCACCGAUACAAGUUCGAAGGGCAUUGGCUCACGUGUGAACUGCUUGCCGCCUUCAUUAGCAAGUAGCGUUUCACCGGUUAUUGUCAAUCUUCUUGAAACGAUUCAGGCUCUUGAAGAAAAACUGCUUUUGCUGCAUCCAGAGCGAAGGACAAGUAUGGAAAAUGGAUUUGGAACAACAAAUCGACGUUGA